AUGGCCGUCUCCUCUGAUCCCAGCAGCAUAGCAUGGACCCGGCUCUCAGUUCUGGAAGACACUGAGGAAGGACAGGAAGACCCCAAUAGCUUGCGUCACAAGUACAACUUCAUUGCUGACGUGGUGGAGAAGAUUGCCCCGGCCGUGGUUCACAUCGAGCUGUAUCGCAAGCUUCCCUUUACCAAGCGGGAGGUGCCUGUGGCAAGCGGGUCUGGGUUCAUCGUGUCCGAAGAUGGGCUGAUAGUGACCAACGCCCAUGUGGUCACCAACAAGCACCGAGUCAAAGUGGAGCUGAGGAACGGGGCCACCUACGAAGCCAAGAUCAAGGACGUGGAUGAGAAGGCCGACAUCGCACUGAUUAAAAUCGACCACCCUGCGCCUCUGGGCGGGACACAAGCCUCCAACCUUCUGAACAAGCUGCCCAUCCUACUGCUGGGCCGCUCCUCGGAGCUGCGGCCAGGAGAGUUUGUGGUCGCCAUUGGAAGCCCGUUUUCCCUGCAAAACACCGUCACCACCGGCAUCGUCAGCACCACCCAGCGAGGUGGCAAGGAGCUGGGGCUGCGGAACUCGGACAUGGACUACAUCCAGACGGACGCCAUCAUCAAUUAUGGAAACUCGGGAGGCCCGCUGGUGAACCUGGAUGGUGAAGUGAUCGGAAUCAACACCCUGAAAGUGACCGCUGGCAUCUCCUUUGCCAUCCCGUCGGAUAAAAUCAAGAAGUUCCUCACGGAGUCCCAUGACAGACAGGCCAAGGGAAAAGCCUUCACCAAGAAGAAGUACAUCGGCAUCCGCAUGAUGUCGCUCACGACCAGCAAGGCCAAAGAGCUGAAGGAUAGUCAUCGAGACUUCCCUGACGUGCUCUCGGGCGCAUACAUCAUUGAAGUCAUUCCUGACACCCCUGCAGAAGCCGGCGGCCUCAAGGAAAACGAUGUCAUUAUCAGCAUCAACGGACAGCCGGUGGGCUCUGCCAAUGAUGUCAGUGACGUCAUCAAAAAGGAAAGCCCCCUGAACAUGGUGGUCCGCAGGGGCAACGAAGACAUUAUGAUUACAGUGGUCCCCGAAGAAAUCGACCCCUAGGCAGAGGCAUGAGCUGGACUUCAUGUUUCCCUCUGAGACCAUCCGGUGGACGACACAUGAGGACUCUGGGCCGGUGGCACAGGCCGCCCAAGACCUUUGGCCACCAUGUGCUUUGUUGUUCAUUGGAGACCCUCUUGGCCAACAAGCCUUCCCGAUAGUUUGCGGGUAAAACCCAUGUAACGCUGCAGCUCCGCCAGCAGAGGCCUCUCUCCUCCCGUAGCCUAUGUAUGCAGUGUGCUUUUCUUGCCAGCUAGGUCGGCCCCCUGCUUAGACAGUCAGUCCUGGUCUCCAUCUAUCAGCGAGACACCCGCUCAGCCCCACUAAUACCAAUGACAGGAGAUGGGGGUGGCUCACGUAGCCAGAACAGUAUAGGGCGGGUGUCUGCUUUCUCCAGAGGAGGUUGAGGGGUGGAGACCCUGUGCAGGUGGACGACAGCUUCCAGCGAGGCCAGUUGCCCCGAUUAGGGGUCUCUGUGGAUCUGGGAGAGCAAUGGCCUUUGAGUUUGAGCUAUUAAAAUACUUGUUUAUACCUCG